AUGCCUUCAUCUUCCGCCUCACUCGAGAAACGCCCUUCCAUGACUUCAGUUUUUUCACAGGCACCGAUCUCUACGCUGACACAUGAGGAAGAAUGCAUGCUGAAGACUGCUUUGGCCAUGGUCGUAGUCAAGCAACGAAAAAAGGCUGGUCAGUUUCAACAAGUGAUGGAUGCUCAGAAAAAGGCUCGCAUUGCCAAUGAAGGACAACGAAAAGGCUUGUUGGAUCGCUUGUUCGUUCAUAAUUCUCCUUCGAAUCGAUCCUCGUUGCUACUCUUGUCACACCGUCAACACUUGGAUCGCAUUUUUCAAGCAGCACUGAAUAUGAGCUCCAAUGCGCUGCACCAUUCGUCAUCACCCGGACAAGACUCCAUAAUCCAUAUUUUGAACGGUACCUGCAGCCACCUGGCAUCGCAACUGCAAACCUGGUUACAAGAAGAAGAAGAAGAAGAAGAAGAAGAAAGGGCAAAGACAGAGGCGGUGGCAGCAGAACAAGAGGAGCACGUAGACGACAAUCGCCCUCAAAAUGGAAAAGGCUCCUCGUCCAGCAACGAACAAGAAUGCUCCAACUGGAUUCGCCGGAGCCUCAUGGCGACUCCUUGCCGCGCCACUUUUCAAGUAUAUUACAACUUAUUGCAAUUUGGCAACUCGCAGCUGAAUGGGGUCAUUCUGAAUAUACUGAUCAAACUGCUCUUGGAAGCCUACCACGAUCGAUUGGUAUUGCCCCCCACAACUACUACCACUACCAAGAAACCCACCACCAACGGCAACUUGAAGGCUCCACCGGCGUAUUCGACCAAUGCAUCGUCUACAGUUUCGUAUGGUUCCAAUGCAAAUACAACCUUGGACGAUACUCACAAAAGCAUCGAUUGGCUCACAGUGUCUUGGUUGCGCUUGACCCAUCGAUGUGUUCAAUACCUGUCUCCAGCCGACAUACAUUCGAUUCUUCACAACUCUUCGGCCCUCGCCCACUUGCUACUCCCAUUUGAAACAUCAUCUGGGAAUCAAACCACUCCAUCUCUGGUUCAGACAUUUUGGGAAAUGUCGACUUUGCCUUCUGCAACCUCAACGGCCGGAAUCGUCCCGUUUCCUCGGACGACCAACAACACGUGGAAAGCACCCGCACGAUUGGGAACUGGAGCGAAAAUGCUCUUGCGAUUGGGAUUGUAUCGCCUGUUGUUCUACAACAUUUUGCCACCAGAACAAGCGUAUCAUCGUAAUGACGGAUCCAUGGUGAUGGGGCAUUAG